CUCACAGAGGAGGGGCUGCAGCUCUAACCCUCAUCAGGACAAUGACACUCAGGCUGCUGUUCUUGGCUCUCAACUUCUUCUCAUCAGUUCAAGUAACAGAAAACAAGAUUUUGGUGAAACAGUCCCCGCUGCUUGUGGUAGAUAGCAACGAAGUCAGCCUCAGCUGCAGGUAUUCCUACAACCUUCUUGCGAAGGAGUUCCGGGCAUCCCUUUACAAGGGCGUGAACAGUGACGUGGAAGUCUGUGUCGGGAACGGGAAUUUUACCUAUCAGGCCCAGUUUCGCCCAAAUGUGGGGUUCAACUGUGAUGGGGAUUUCGACAAUGAAACCGUGACGUUCCGUCUCUGGAAUCUGCAUGUUAAUCACACAGAUAUUUACUUCUGCAAAAUUGAGGUCAUGUAUCCUCCGCCUUACCUAGACAACGAGAAGAGCAAUGGAACUAUUAUUCACAUAAAAGAGAAACAUCUUUGUCAUACUCAGACAUCUCCUAAGCUGUUUUGGGCACUGGUCGUGGUUGCUGGAGUCCUGCUUUUUUACGGCUUGGUAGUGACAGUGGCUUUUUGUAUUACCUGGACAAAUAGCAGAAGGAACAGACUCCUUCAAAGUGACUACAUGAACAUGACACCCCGGAGGCUUGGGCCCACGCGAAAGCAUUACCAGCCCUAUGCCCCUGCGAGAGACUUUGCAGCAUACCGCCCCUGACAGGGACCCCUAUCCAGAAGCCCGCCGGCUGGUACUCAUCUACCUACUCACCAUCACUGCUCUGGAUAGGAAAGGACAGCCUCCUCUUCAGCCGGCCACUUUGGACCUCUACUGGGCCACCAAUGCCAACUAUUUUAGAGUGUCUAGAUCGAACAUCACCAUCAUCUUGAGACUCUGGAAUGAAUGAAAGAAGCUUCUUGGCAGGAUAAAUUUUGUGUGGCUUGACCCAAACUCAAGCUUAAUAUAUUUAUUGACUUGAUUGGGGAAGUUAGAGUAGAGAAAUCAAAAAGUGAGAGAAUUCAUUCAGCCUCGGAAAAUCAAUUUGCAGGCUCCUGGAUGAGCCCCGCCCCUUUCUCACUUACCAGCACAUUUCAGUGUGUUGAGUGAUAGUCAAAGCUAUUUUGGAGAGAGAAGAAAGGAUAGCAAAACCUUCUCUUUGGCUUAGUUGGUGUUUUGGAGUGGGGGUAGGUUAGAGUAUAGUACUUAACUAUUUGAAAAAUAGUUAAAAACACUUUUUUCACUCAUGAAAUGAGCCACUAAAAACAGUGUUUUCCUGUUAGUUUAGAAAGAUGUGGACAUAUUUUUAAUGAUUUCUGGCCAUUUUUAAUCACAUUGACCCAUGGAAUAGCCUCAAAGCACCCCUAAGCCUUGUUUCCUCAUUCCCUGUCAUGGGAAUCCAGUAUUAUUAAUAGUCACAACAUGAUUUCAGAACUAAAUAGCCCUCCCACGCCAAGAAGAUGUGAGAGGAAGUAAGAUCACUUUAUGUAAAAUACACACACACACACACACACACAUAUGUACACACACAUAUACACACACACACACAUAUGUGAAUGCUAUGAAGAAUUAUCUGUUUAAUAGCUUGUUAUAGUCAAAUCAUUUAAGUUUCAACUUUCCACAGUUAGGUCACUUGUUGUCCUUUGUGGAUAUCUGGAAUUGUGUCUAUAGGGCACUAGUCAUGAUACUGUGAACAAAAAGUGUAGUGUUAGAAUUUGUUAGGAUGACAAAAGAUGCAUUCCAGGGAGCUUCCUCUGAGGAAGGGAAUGAGGUCAUUCUUGCCAUGUACAAAAGAGGUGGAUGUUUUCCAGAAGGCACCAUAGGGAGCCCCAGUAUAAGUUCCUUUGGACGCUAAAGUUUAGAGGGAUUUGAUAUAUUGUAGGGCUCAGGACUCCAGAACUUUGUGGGCUCAGCUGCUUCAUACCAUGGGGAUUCGUUGACAAGAACAAUUAUUUUGGAGUGUGUCUUUAGGGAUGACACCAAAAUUCUCAAGAUCCUGCAAGGCCUGUUACUGGAAUGAAGGUGGACUUUUUUUUUUUUCUUUUGACUUCCAGUUUGGGUCAACUGAAAUGUAUCUGGGGACCUUGAAGAAUGACCGUACAGCUGUCUUCACCAUUUGUACAAUGCUUUGAAUUAUUCUGAGGUUUUAAAGGCAGGAAGACCUGGUAAAACUUCUCAUUACUAGUUAAAAGUUCUCCUGCGAGUCACUGAUCAUCCAAGACUAUGAUUCCUCAACUGUAAAAUGGACAUAAUGAAACUUGCUGUGAUCCUCCGGCCUCUGCCUCCCAAGUUUUGGGAUUACAGGAGUACACAAUCAUGACCAGUUUGUAACAUCAAUUUAACUCAUGAGAAUCUCUCAGCUUCAGUAAUUUUCCAGCUAAUUGGAAUAGUUUAUCUUGUAAUCAAACACUAGGCAUUUCCCCUCCUCCACUGUUUUGGUAUAUAAAGAGGUCUUUAAAAAUUUUUUUUUAAAUAUGAGAGGUAGGAAGAGAUAGGAAUCUUUUAAUUCUAGACAAAGGAUAUUGUGCUCUGGUAGACUUUUUUUUUUUUUUAAAUUGGCUUCUAUUCUGUGCCUUUAAUUAAAGCAGAGAAGGCCAAGAUCUGCCCCACUUGUGUGAUAAAAGACUGCUGGUCCUGGCACUUGUGAUUGCAGCCACCUCUUAACAUGUAGAGUUCUUGAACAGAGCUGGGAAUUUAUAGAAAGGGCAAUAGCAAAUAACAAACCCUUUUCUAAAUGGAAAGAUUUGGUCUUUGGCAAUCGAGAACUUUGUUUUCUAACUGGAAAAGGAGGUUUACUGGAGAUGAAUCACACCUGAGAGUUUUCAUACCCACCCUGGACAGAACCAAAGCAUAGGUGUGAGAAGCCUUUUGCUAUCCGUAUGAACCAACAGAUGGUUUAAAAACACUGGUUCAGAGUAAAGCUUUUGCAGUUUCAGAUGUAGUGUAUAUGAAGAAAACUAUGUCAUUUGCUGCUAUUAUUGUAAGAGUCUUAGAAUUAAAGGUGUGCCUGUAAUUUUUAAUUGUGAGCUCACCUAUUUGGGACUGAGCGUACCAAUUUUAAAGAGACCUGGUGUACCUUAUAGCUACAUCCAAUGAUAAAAUUACCACACUAGCAUGUGCCUGUUUUAAAACUCCUACUUUAAUGUUUUCCUUAGGACAGGUAUGCUCCCCCUUUUCAGUGAAUCAGGAGAGAUUUUGCUAUUUGAAAAAGUGUAUGACAUUUUUACACCUUUGGGUUCUCCUCUCUGUGUGUCUCUGUGUCUCUCUUUCUCUGUCUCUCUGUCUCUCCUGUAUAUGUGUCUCUCCCUCUCCCACUUCUCUGUCUCUUCUCUCUCUGGCUCUCUCUGUGUCUCUGUCUCUGUGUAUCUCUCUGUCUCUCUUUCUCUGCAGAUUUUCAAAUGUUGUUUUUCUUUGGAAGAAAUGCAAGCUGUGGUUGGUUUGCUAGGCUUCAGUAGCAGUUUAUCAGUAGGCCAAUGCUUUAUCUCUUGGAGAUUUCAGUCUGGGAUUACCCAAUGUGCUCUCUGUGAUGUGACUGCUGGGGGACAGAUAGAACUGGAUUGAGCCUUCAAUCAUUUAGGUCUUCAGUCAUUUAGUCAACUAAGUGAGCCACUAAUCUGAAAGGCUAUUUUAAUAGGCAUACUGAUAGUCAAAUGGAUGUCUGAUCUCUCAUCUCAGCUUUCUGUACUGACAUAUAGGAACUAUACAUGACUUGUAUGCUCACCUGAAUAUGUUAAAUUCAACAACGUGAGAUGGACCAGAAACCACAAUGUUCAUGUCCAUAUAGCCACCAUUAACCCACAGUAGUGUGGGACUUGUGAAUGAGUUUAUGCUAUCUACAAGGCCAGUUGAAGCUUAAAUCUCUCUUGCACUGUUAUGUUUAUGCAAAUAUCAAAAGCUUGUUCCUGUACCGGGGACUUAACACAUGCUAUUCAUACUGUUUUCUCUGUCUACAAUGGUAUUCCUUAGAUAUCUACUUGGUUUGCUCAUACUUCCUUGACAUAUUUGCCCAAAUGUCACCUUCAACUAUAGUUAAUUACCUCUACAACCGGUCUCCUUGCCUUGUUUUAUUUUCUGUAUAACUCUAUUACUAGAUGUUUUUCUUAUUUAUUGGUUUACUGUCUGUUUUUUUUUUCCUAAUCUACACUGGAUCUCCAUAGGGAAAGAACUCCAUUUACUUUGAUUUUAUUGUUGUAUCCCCAACGCCUAGAAUAAUGCUUAGCACGCAAUAAAUAUUUAUUCACUGAAUAGAUAGAUUUCACAUGGGUUUAUGAGUUAAUGACAAAUCUAAAUGAUCUGAUCACAUCCCGAGAAGGAACGCAGAAUCACUUCUGUUUUCCUCUUCUUAUCAGAGACACAAGAGGUAAAGCAGACACAGAGAAAUCUGGUAGAAGGACAUGUAAUUUAUACAAGUUCAUUUCGGUUUAGAAAUUUCUGUGCAUCCUGAAAGAUGAAUACAGUUAGAAUCAUUCUAAAAAUGUUAUUCUAAAAGCAACCAAUUAGGAAUAAGUUGAUUUUCCAUUUAAAGUACUCAAAUUAUCUCUUAAUAGAUUGUUGACAUCCUUUUUGUUUUUAUUUUUGGACCAUUUUUUAAAAAAAUUGUUUUUGGGACGGGAGAGAUGGCUCAGUGGCUAAGGACAUGACUCGAGCUAUUCUUCCUGAGGUCCUAGGUUUGUUUCCCAGAACCCAUAUUUGAUGCUCUCUUUGGGUUUCCAUCGACAUCAAAAACUCAUGUGGUUCAAUGGACAUAUAUUUAGGCAAAACAUAUACAUAAAAUAAAUAAAAAUAAUGUAUUUGUUGACAAUUUUA